CACACAAGAGCACUCCAACUUCCUUUUUCCCUCUUUCCCCUCAUCAUCAAGCACAAAAACCACACUCCUCCCCAAUCUAUCUUCCUCUCACACCCCCACCCCCCAAAAAAAGCCAAAACACCCUCAUAAAACAAAAAAAACCCUCAAUCAACUUUGUUUUUUUUUACUACAAACAUAUUAUUUACUCCCUUAGCUCAAACAAUAAUUCAUCAUAUUAUUACACACAUCUUAUCUCUUAUCUUACACAUAUAAUGAACUCACCUUCAAAUAACAUCACCACCCUUGACCACCACCACAACCACCAUCAAAACCACCCACAACCACCACAACAACCACCACAACCCACCUCUCCUUCAUCAACAACAACAACCUUCUCAAGAUAUGAAAACCAAAAAAGAAGAGAUUGGAACACUUUUGGUCAAUACCUUAAAAACCACCGACCACCACUAUCACUUAACCGUUGUAGUGGAGCCCAUGUACUAGAGUUCUUACGUUACUUAGAUCAGUUUGGAAAAACUAAGGUUCAUACUCAACUAUGUCCAUUUUACGGGCACCCAAACCCACCUGCCCCUUGCCCGUGUCCACUUCGUCAAGCUUGGGGAUCACUUGAUGCUUUAAUCGGACGGUUGAGAGCUGCUUAUGAAGAAAAUGGUGGUAAGCCCGAGAUCAACCCGUUUGGGGCCCGUGCUGUUAGGCUUUUUUUAAGGGAGGUUAGAGAUUCUCAGUCUAAAGCUAGAGGUAUUAGCUAUGAGAAGAAGAAACGUAAGAGGGUCCCACAACAAGUUAAUAAUAAUAAUAAUACAAGCUAGUUUGAUUUAAUUAUCUUAUCUAUAUAUAAGAUGGUUAUUAUAAUCAUCAUCAUCAUCAUAUAUCAUCUUGAGAUUGAUUAUGUUAUAUGGUGAGGUAUUUUUAUAUUUAGUUGAUUAGUAUAAGUAUACUCGUCUACAAUAGGUGGGUAGCUGUUCAAAUUGAAAAUUGAAUCGUGUUGUUGAUCCUAGUUGAUUAGUAUAAGUAUUACUAUGAUUAUGUUUUGUGUAAUUUUAUGUUGUAUGUUAAUUAGUUUAUUAUAUAAUACAAGCUAGUUUAAUUUUAUUA